AUGAAACCGAUUUCCUUCGGUUUGGGCAAACCAAAAGGUGCCGCACCGGCCCAAUCUGUAGGAACGACAUCCCGCAAAACCCACACUCCGUCGACUAGUCGCCUCUCACGGACCGCACUCCGCCAUGAUUCGGACAACGAAGAUGAAGAAGAGCCAAGACACGAGUCAGUCUCUGGCUUCUCGUCAAGUGGUGCUAUUCUAAGUCAGCCCCUACAGGACUCGCAAGUGAAAGUGAUACCGAAUGCCGGCAAUGCCGACUGGCGCAGACAAGGGCGGAGAAAUCUACUCCCUGCAGAGGUUCAAGCGCAACAGCAGAACGGCAAUGGAGUUGUUGUGGUAGAGCGAGACGAGGUCAGCAAGGCUAGCGGGCUACAGUUUGCGGAAAAGGACGAGGAGGAAAGAGCACAUGAGACAAAUGGCGGUCAACAAUCACAAGAGGAACACCCCGCUGCACAGCCGAAGCAGCUGACGGCGGACGAGGAAGCUUUGCAAGCGCUAUUAGACGAUGGAUCUGGCAAGACAAGGUCGAAUGCUGUCAUAACAAUACAGGGAAACAGACAGCUAUCGCCCCAAGACGAAACGCAAGAUUUCAGGGAAGAUGUCGCUUCUAGGCCAGAUUCUAGCACUCUCGAGGAGUAUGCCGCCAUGCCUGUAGAAGAGUUUGGAAUGGCUAUGUUGAGAGGGAUGGGCCAAAAACGGCGCGCCAACGGGGAGAUCAUCGAUCUUGCUUCAAAGAAUGACGACAAUCCACGAAAACUCCGCAAGCAAGAAGGCUUUCUGGGGAUUGGGGCGAAAGCCGCUCCAGGAUCGGAUAUCGAGUUGGGUGCAUGGGGAAAGGCCGACAUGCGGAAGAAUACAAAAGGACAGGGAUUUUUCACGCCACUCAUGCGCGAGAAUAAAGCCACGGGGGAACGUAUCUCGGAGGACGAGUUCCAGAAACGACUCAAAGAGUCGUCGAGUGCCAAACAAGAGGAAGAGUGGAAGCAGCGCAGAGAUCGCAACCUUGAGAUCAGUGGUCGGGAUCGGCAUCGAGACAAAGACCCACAAAAGAAUGGAGACAGAGACUAUCGAGAACAGAUGAAUUCUUUCUCCCGUUCCAGCUCUUCGAGGGGCGACCGUGAUGGACGUCAAGAUUCCCGUUCGAGGCGGGACACAGAUGACAGAGACUACGAACGCUCGCGAUCGAGACGUGAUGAUGACAGAUACGACUCUAGUUCGUCUCAUCGAAGUCACAGGGACAGGGACCGAGACCGAGAUCGAGACAGGGACAGAGAUAAAAAUAGAGACCGUGACAGAGACAGGCACAGAGAUAGGGACAGAGACAGCGACCGUCGCCACCGGGACAGAUAA